AUGCAGCGCGCUCUUUCUUCCCGCGCGAGAGCUUCCGUCCUCUCUGCUGCUCCCAGCAAGUUCCGUGCCGGUGCCGGCCUGGGACAGCAGCUUCGCUUUGCCCACAAGGAGCUGAAGUUCGGUGUUGAGGGCCGUGCUGCCCUGCUCGCUGGUGCCGAUACUCUGGCCAAGGCCGUCGCGACAACACUUGGCCCCAAGGGUCGCAACGUCCUCAUUGAGUCAAGCUAUGGCUCCCCCAAGAUCACAAAGGACGGUGUAACUGUCGCGAAGGCAAUUACCCUCAAGGACAAGUUCGAGAACCUCGGCGCCCGCCUCAUCCAGGACGUCGCCUCCAAGACCAACGAGACCGCCGGUGACGGUACCACCACCGCCACCGUCCUCGCCCGUUCCAUCUUCUCCGAGACCGUCAAGAACGUCGCCGCUGGCUGCAACCCCAUGGACCUGCGCCGUGGUAUCCAGGCUGCUGUCGACGAGGUCGUCGCUUUCCUCCAGAAGAACAAGAGAGAUAUUUCCACCAGCGAGGAGGUUGCCCAGGUCGCCACCAUCUCCGCCAACGGUGACCAGGAGGUCGGCAACCUGAUUGCCAAGGCCAUGGAGAAGGUCGGCAAGGAGGGUGUCAUCACCGUCAAGGAGGGCAAGACUCUGGUCGACGAGCUCGAGGUUACCGAGGGUAUGCGCUUCGACCGCGGCUUCGUCUCCCCCUACUUCAUCACCGACGCCAAGUCCCAGAAGGUCGAGUUCGAGAAGCCCCUGAUCCUCCUCUCCGAGAAGAAGAUCUCUGCUGUCCAGGACAUCAUUCCCGCUCUUGAGGCCUCCACCCAGCUGAGGCGUCCUCUCGUCAUCAUUGCCGAGGACAUUGAGGGUGAGGCUCUCGCCGUCUGCAUUCUCAACAAGCUCCGUGGCCAGCUCCAGGUCGCUGCCGUCAAGGCCCCCGGCUUCGGUGACAACCGCAAGUCCAUCCUCGGUGACCUGGCUGUCCUCACCAACGGUACCGUCUUCAGCGAGGAGCUUGACAUCAAGCUCGAGAAGGCCACCCCCGACAUGCUCGGCUCCACCGGCUCCAUCACCAUCACCAAGGAGGACACCAUCUUCCUCAACGGUGAGGGUGCCAAGGACUCCAUCUCCCAGCGCUGCGAGCAGAUCCGUGGUGUCAUGAACGACCCCACUACCUCCGAGUACGAGAAGGAGAAGCUCCAGGAGCGUCUGGCCAAGCUCUCUGGUGGUGUCGCCGUCAUCAAGGUCGGUGGCUCCUCCGAGGUUGAGGUCGGUGAGAAGAAGGACCGCUUCGUUGAUGCCCUGAACGCCACCCGCGCCGCCGUUGAGGAGGGUAUCCUGCCCGGUGGUGGUACCGCCCUUAUCAAGGCCUCUGCCCUUGCUCUUAAGGACGUCAAGACCGCCAACUUCGACCAGCAGCUUGGUGUCACCAUCGUCAAGAACGCCAUCACCCGCCCUGCUCGUGCCAUCGUCGAGAACGCUGGCCUUGAGGGCUCCGUUAUCGUCGGCAAGCUCACCGAUGAGUUCGCCAGCGAGUUCAACAAGGGUUUCGACUCCUCCAAGGGCGAGUACGUCGACAUGAUUGCCGCCGGUAUCCUUGACCCCUUCAAGGUCGUCCGCACCGGUCUGGUUGACGCCAGCGGUGUUGCUUCCCUGCUCGGUACCACUGAGGUCGCCAUCGUUGAGGCUCCCGAAGAGAAGGGACCUCCUCCUAUGGGCGGCAUGGGUGGUAUGGGCGGAAUGGGAGGCAUGGGUGGUAUGAUGUAA